AUGACCCGCCCUAUAUCCUUGAAAACUGAUCCUCUGGGCUCGCUCGAUACGCGAAUCGCAAUGGCCGAGCCUUCCGCAGCAAAAUCACGUCUCGGCCCCUCGGCCACCGUUUUCGGGCUUGAGGGGGCUGCUGAAGAGCCACCCGGCAGUAUGCAAUCGGGGAUCAGCCCGAAUCGUGAUUACCGAACCCUUGAGCUUCGCGAGUCAUUCGGCGCCUUCGAUGUUGGCCAGCAAUGUCCCCGACUAGAGCUAGAUGCCGCUGUGAACAAGUGCCACUUGCUUGACGGUCUCGCUGGACCCUCAAACCCACAAAACACACCUGCCUCAAACAGCGCGAGAGAAUGCACGCCUGAGCCACUUCAAUGCGGCAUGAAGGAUUUGCAGGCGAGUUCCGCAUUCGAAUUCAACAAUUAUCGAUUUGGCAGCUUCAACAAAUUACCAGAGAAAGGCUUUUUUGCGCCCCGAGACGAUGACGCUGAAACCUCGAAACCUCAGAAGCUACGCCGCCCGUUUGACAAUCAAAGACGAGCGCUCAAACUCCCGCUCACCGGUUUGAGGGGUCGUCGCACCAUCACAAAUCGAAGCGCCAUGAGGAAGCCUGGCAAUCCCGGCUUGGUGAGGUACGUUCGGUUUGGCGCAACCACUUCUCUUUCGUGCUCACCUCCUCAUGUGACGUGCCGUCCUUCGCCUUCGAUUGAGCGAAAAAGGAACUACAUAUCGACCUAUCGACAGAAGAUGCAUUGCGAGAAGUGGAGGAUAGCUCGCCGGCCAACGCCCAGAAAACCUUCCCCUAUCUGCAACUCCACACUCGAGGCUCAAAUCAUGGGGAACAUGACUCCAAAACAAGCUGACGGAUUUGAUCGCUCGCUGUCGAGCUCACCAUUGCAUGGUUUCGGCCAGACGCCGUCCCCGGCCCGAUCUUUCAAUGGUACUCAUGCCCUGGACGGCACGUUUGACAGCCCUCAAAACACACCUGCUGUGCGUAAUUCCAAAGCUCCGCGGGGUAACCAGAAGAAAAAGAUGUAUGUCAAUAUCUCUUUCUCGCUCUACAAGGUCCACAGUGCGCCCGGAGCACUUCCGGGAAAGGUUCGUCAAUACGCCUAUGAAUUCCGAAAGGUUGAGACCGACUUCACAAGUCUCUCGGGGUAUCUCCCACUGGACGUUCCCUACCGUUUCGAAAAAACAACGGGACUUGUGGCUGUCAAUGAUCUGGUGUUUCGUACUUACUUCAUUAUACCGUCGCGCGUCACCAGUCUUCCCUUGGAUGCUCUUUCCACUGCCACACAAUAUCUGAACAACACACAAGUGGGCUACUGUGUGUUUGGUCUUGCGAGAAUCAUCCGGUUGCUGCUGACUUACGCCAUCGCUUUCGUUUGUUCGCUGUGUGGAGUGACAAUUAGGCACCAUCGGCUUGCCGACGUCCGUUCGGACUGA